GGAGAGUUAAUAAAAAAAAGAGACAUUGUCCUAUUCUUAAAUUUCAUCAAGUGAAAUUUCCUUUCAAGAAAAAGAAUCUCUUUAACAAGUCAAAGAUUGUAGCACCAAGUGGGUAUAGUUGUUGAUGAUUAAAUCUUUGAUUCCUGUGUUUAUACAAGUGAUUAUGACAAAAAAGGUGGUGAUUUGAUGGGAAAAUCUGAAUAGAUAAAAGCUAUAAUAUGGUCAAUGGUGGACACAACAUUAAGGACAGCUUUGAUGAUGAUGAAUUGAUGAUGAUUCAUUUGUAAAGCUUAAGAGAGUAAUUUGCAAAAGAGAAGUGGUGGUGGUGAUUUUGAAGGAGUAGAGAUGGGAGAGGGAAAAGGGUUUGCAUCAGAAAUGCAUAGAAACACAAGUGAAGAGUUGUUUCUGAAAUCUUUGAUGGAGAGCUCAAUUGGGAUGCCUGUGCCAACCAUGGAGAUGUUAGGUUUUAAGAAUAUUUCUUCUCCUCAUCAUCACAACUUUCGCACUGAUAGUGAAGAGCUCUUCAAAAGCUGGCUUACUAAUGGAGAGAAUCAUGGCCAUAAUUCCUCAAGUAUAGCACAUCGAACCCGGCAAGCAUCCAGGAGGAUAUCUACUGAACUAGCCAAUUUGACAAGCCAGCAACCUGGGAGUACGCUACAAAAGAAAAGAAGCAAUGAUGUAUUAUUUACACAAGAUAACACAGUCACUGAUGGAACCUCCAGUGACCUCAACAUCAGAAGUGUGCAGGCUAGUAAUUUAUAUCUGGCCAAGACCUGGUUUCAUAGUUCUCAACCGAUGACAAGAAGUCGGUCCUCUGAACUGCGGAAGAGAUAUGCUGCUAUGCAAAGUGCUCAGACAACUUUAGGAAAUGGCAUAAAUGAUUUGAAUCAAGAGUUUGCAGAUCCGAAUGGUUUUAGUGACCUUCCUAUGCAUGACACUGCCAAUCAAUUGGGUGCAUUCAUGUCUCCAUCCAAUUCAUCCUCAUCUACUUUCAACACCCCACAAAUGGGAGAUGUAGAUAAAGUUUCUUCUGUUGUGAACAUGCUUAAGGGUACACUGGAACGCAAGAAGCUCAGUAACCUGAAGAUUGGGAAAGAAACUGUUGAAGAUAGUUCUUAUGCAAUUUAUCAUGCUCAACAAGUUAUUAUGAACUCUACUUUUGAUCAAGUAAAUGGUAACAGCAUUUAUGAAAUUCCACAAACUUACCAAGAAAUAUCCUCUGACCAAGUCAAGGACACUAGAGGAUUUCAAACAGUUCAGGGACCCAUAGAUCUUGACCUGGAUGGUUUUGUAAAUUUUACAAAUCCAAUUCAGUUGUGCACAGUUUCUAGAGAACCUUCUCAAAGUGAAUCUUCUGCUGCUGCACCAGUAGUUUCCUCUGGUUUUGAUGCAUGUGAUGGUCCCAGCAUUUCCAGCCAAACUCUAAGCAUUUUUGAGAGCUCCAGGAAACAAGUUGGAAACAAUACAAGUUCAGAGAAUGGACCUAAAGCCAAAGAUUUUCGAGAACGGAUAAUUAAAAAUUUGAAGGAUGACGGAAAGAGGGGAGGGCUAGUUCGAUAUGGAUCUGUGACAUCAGGAGGCUCAGUGGACAAGGUCGACACAACUAAAAAGCGCAGGGUGGAGCGCUCGCGAAAAAUGGCAGAGGCAAAGGAAAGGAAUUUAACGCCAGCAAUUCCAUCUGAUAUGCAAUCUGUCUUGAAGAGGUGUGAAAAUCUUGAGAAGGAAGUUCGGUCACUGAAACUUAAUUUGUCUUUCAUGAAUAGGAAGGAUUCUGAACAGACUAAGCAGAUAGAAGAGCUUCAGAAAAAGAAUGAUGACUUGGCUGAUGAAAAGGAAAGACUUGUUGAAGAGAUUGAAAGGAUCCUCUCAGAAACAGGGAAAAUGUGAAACUUUUUCACCAUCCGACUAAUAUUGUCGUCCUCAUACUUACUGUGAAGCAGAAGCUCUCAGGCAUAAAUUUUCAGAAAUUUUCAGUGAUCUUCACCUUAGGCAUCAAAAACAAGAAAAACUUAAAGCAUAGCUUUCAUACAUUCCAAUGCAGGUGGACUGGGGUGACUUGUUUGCUAAUCAAAUGUGUAUGAAUUUUUUAAUUCCGGAAAGAAUGGGAUAACAAAUUUCCAUAUGAACCAUGAGUGUAAAACUGUAAAUUUCAAACUUGGAAGCUAUUCUGAUAAGGCAAAUUUGAUCUCAUUUUUGCA